AUGGAUAAUAACUAUAGCGUUGAAGAUACAAAUGCAGAAGCUAUGGCAAGCAAGCUUUCCGCAGUGCAUAAAGGAUACUUUUAGGAUAAUUUCGCAGAGGAGUUCGUUCACACUUAGGGAAGAAAAGAUAUUAUAAUUCAUAGAGGAUAUUGGUCAAGAGUUAACAUUUUUACUCUCUUAAUUGAGAGAUUCCUUUUAAACUCAAAAAAUGAGAAAAAGUAAAUUAUUUCCCUUGGUUGCGGAUACGAUACACACUACUAUAUCCUAAGAGAAAGCAAAUAGUUUAAGGAUCUUGAUUUUCAUUAUGUAGAAAUCGAUUUGAUUAAUGUAGUCAAAAAUAAGAUUAAAAGAAUACAAAAUUCUAACAAAAUCAAAUAAGUGAUUGGUGAGUUCACUCUUGAUGAUGCUAAAUCUUCUCUUCAUGCCAAAAAUUAUUCUCUUUAUCCUUCUGAUAUAACUAAGAUAGAUGAGUUCAAAGAAAAUCUAGUUAAAUGUGGAAUUGACUUUUCUGUUCCUACUUUUAUAUUUGCUGAGUGUGUAAUGACAUACAUAGAAAGUAAAUUUUCAGAUGAACUAUUGAAAUCAAUAGCUUCUACUUUUGACUUAGCUUAUUUCUCAAGUUAUGAAAUGUUUAACCCUAAUGAUCCCUUUGGCAAAAUGAUGGUCAAAAACUUCGAUAGAAAAGGGUGUCCUUUAGUUGGCAUUCAUGAUUAUCCCACCAUAGAAUCAUAGCAUGAAAGAUUGACUAAACUAGGAUUCAAUACAAAUGAAGUGUAUCAUAUGCUAGAUAUUUAUAAUAAGUUUACAGAUUAAAAUGAAAGAAAAAGAAUUGAAAAACUUGAAAUGAUGGAUGAGUUUGAGGAGUGGAUUAUUAUGUAAUAGCAUUACUUCUUAAGUUUAGCUGUAAGGAUAAGCAAAACCGCUCAUGACAACCCUUAACUUUAAGAAUUAAUAAAUAAUUUAAAAAUUAAUACACAACACCAUUGA